CACCAAACUUUGACUUCCUGCCACAUCAAUCCUUCCGUUUAUCAACUCAUCGCUAGGUGAAAAUGCUGAAUAUUGCAGAACGCCGCCAGGCGUGCGAAGACACGCUCAGACGGACCCCGGCAAUUGUCGCAUCAAGAGGGGCCGAAGAAGGCUGUUCUUUCGACAGCAAAUUCAUCCCAGCACAGCUUAGUCCUCUCGACAAGUCAGAUCCUCGGUAUCCCGGUCUCGAUAGAAAGCCCUUUGAAGUCCAUAACAGCGACGCAUUCGCCCUUGCGCGGACGUUAGAUCGUCAGGCCGGCAGCCCCGACCUGGCGAAGAUCGGGGUUCUGAACCUAGCCAGCGAUCAAGAACCCGGUGGUGGCUGGCGCUACACACUGUCCAAGACACAGGAAGAGGCUCUCUGCUACUCUUCAACUCUGUACGCUACUCUGAACCCGAAGUGGUACCCAUUUCCAAACACUGGGCCAGGGUCUUGUGCCGGUAUCAUUUCGCCUGGGGUUGUGGUCUUCAAAGACACUCUGGAUCGCGACCUUGUUGAUCUGCCACGUGAGCAACAGCACGUGGUGACCGUAAUAACAGUGGCUGCGCCAUGUUGGCCCGUGUUGACGGAGGACAGGAAAGAGUUUGCGGAUGCAUCUAAUCUACACGAUUUGCAAGAAAAGAUUCUACUGAUACUAAGGUUAGCGGCGACUAAUGGCCUUACCAAGUUGGUGCUUGGGGCAAUGGGCUGUGGUGCUUAUGGGUGCCCGCCGUACGCCGUUGCUCGGGAGAUGAAGAGCGUCAUUGAAAAGGAUGAGUUCAAAGGAUGGUUCGACACGAUUGUUUUUGCAGUCUAUGCUUCUGGACCGUCGGGAAAAGAAAAUCUCGAUGCAUUUUCUGAGGUGUUUGAAGGCGGGUCAUGAAAACUCGAUGUGAUGUGUUUUAGUGUCAAU